AUGUAUAUCAAAACCCUAACCAUUCAGGGCUUCAAGUCCUAUCGCGACCAAACGCAAAUUGAACCGUUCUCGCCGAGGCACAAUGUCGUGGUCGGAAGGAAUGGCUCGGGAAAGAGCAACUUCUUCGCGGCUAUCCGCUUUGUACUAUCAGAUGCCUACACGUCUAUGUCUCGUGAAGAGCGACAGUCUCUACUUCACGAAGGUGUUUCAGUGACCACUACACUCUCAGCUUACGUUGAAAUCGUAUUCGAUAACAGUGACAACCGCUUCCCAACAGGACGAGAUGAGGUCAUUCUCCGGCGUACUAUCGGUCUCAAGAAGGACGAAUACAGUCUCGACAAGAAGAGCGCGAGCAAGGCCGAUGUGAUGAAUCUCCUUGAGUCUGCAGGAUUUAGCAAGAGCAAUCCAUACUACAUCGUUCCCCAGGGCCGCAUCACGGCAUUGACCAAUGCUAAAGACCCUGAACGGCUGGCGCUUCUCAAGGAGGUGGCUGGCACAAAGGUCUAUGAGCAGCGCCGUACCGAGUCAUUGCGUAUCAUGGCCGAAACGGACGCAAAACGCGGCAAGAUUGACGAGCUGCUCGAAUAUAUCGAGUCACGCUUAAACGAGCUCGAAGAAGAGAAAGAGGAGCUCAAAGAAUUUCAAGAGAAGGACAAGGAGCGGCGCUGCCUCGAGUACGCGCUCUACCAACGCGAGCUCGAGGAAGAGCGCCGUGGCGAAGUGCACAGCGCGAAUGUGCGUCGAGAACAGUACGAUGAUAGGGAGAAGCAGAUGCAGCAGACCUUAGAACAAAGCGUCUCGCGUACGCGAACGGCACUCACAACUACAACUGUCACGCGACAUGGCACACAGUCAGAGCUGACCGACCUCUUCCGUGCGCGCACCGAGCUGGAGUGCACGGUCCAAGAUCUCAAUCUUGCCGCCGAGCGAGCAGGCGGACAGCGUGAGGCGCUCGAAGCUGAGCUCGCGGACCUCGAAGAACACAUCCACGAGCGCGAGCAGUCCCUUCGGGAGCUGAUGCCUCAAUGGGAAGCCCACAAGGCGCAAGAAACUGAGGAGAAGCGGAGGCUCGAAGCCGCUCGUGCCCGUCUCGAAGCCCUGUACGCAAAGCGAGGUCGUGUCGAAAAGUUCAGGACGCGUGCCGAACGCGACCGCUACCUUCGUGCAGAAAUUGCCAGCGUCGAAGCUUACACCAGGACCCAACGAGAGACGCUUGAAGCCGCACAAGGAAGUCUGCAGUCGACACGAGAUCAACUGAGAGAGGUCGAGACGCGUGCGGAGGAGGCUGUCGACCGGGCUGAGGACGGGCGCACUCGUGCACGUGAACUUGGCGAGGAGAUUGCCGCGCUCAAGGCCGAGCACUCAGAGCUCACAGAGAAGCGUAAGGACCUGUGGCGUGAGGAGACUAAGCUCAAGAGUCUCGUGGACAACGAAGCGGACGAGCUGAGGACCGCGGAGCGAACGUUGGCGAGUAUGAUGGACAAGGACACGGGCGCUGGUCUAAGAGCAGUGGAUCAAAUCGCAGAACGACUGGGACUCGACGGCGUAUACGGCCCCCUGUAUCGCCUCUUCGAGGUCACAGAUGAUAAAUACAACACCGCCAUCGAGCUCACUGCAGGCAACAGUCUCUUCCACGUUGUCGUUGACAACGAUGAGACCGCGACCACCGUCCUCCAAACCAUGCUUCGCGAGAAGACAGGUCGGGUGACAUUCAUGCCCCUGAACCGACUACACCCCAAGCUUCCGCCGACACCCGACGCGCAAGAUGCGAUUCCGCUGUUGAGCAAGCUGAGGUACGACUCCGCCCACGCGCGUGCCUUCGAGCAAGUUUUUGGCAAGACGUGUGUAUGUCGUGACCUUACGAUCGCAGCUGCAUAUGUCAAGUCGCAUGGCAUCAAUACCAUCACACUCGAUGGCGACAAGGUCGACCGUAAGGGCGCGCUCACCGGUGGUUGGUACGACGUCCGUCGGAGCCGCCUCGAUGCCGUUCGUGCUGUGACGAGCUGGCGCACCAAGUACGAGGCAGAUGAGAAACGCCUUCGCGAGGUCACCCAGGCGAUCCAGAAGACGGAACAGGACAUUACACGGCUGGUUGGCCAGAUUCAGGUGAAGACGAACCAGCAGACGGUGGCGCGGUCAGCACGCGAAACCCUCGUUGAAGAGUCGGCGAACUACACUCGUGAGCGUGAACGCCUCGUGCAACGCAUCGAGCGGCUUGAAGGCGAGGUGCUCGAAUUGGAGAGCGAGCUGGCCAGUCUCGAGCGCAAAGUACAGGCCUACCGCGAAGAGAUGACCAGCCCGCUUGCCACGGAUCUCAGCGAGGAAGAGGAAGAAGAGAUAGAGAAUUUUGGUCGCGAGGUCGAGCAGAGGCAGCGGCAAGUCCUCGAGUACGCGAAAACGAAGAACGAGCUUGGUAAGCGGAAGAACAUGCUCGAAAUUGAGCUCAACGAGAGUCUCCGCCGUCGCCGCGAGGAACUCAAGACCAAAAUCGAGACCCUCGGCGAGGCCGAGGCGGGCGAUUCAACUGCAGCGGAGAACCUUGCAGCUAAACAACGAGAGCUUGAGAAAUUAAAUAGGUCCAUCGAGGCUCUACAGAAGAGAUCGCAAGAACUGGAGAAGGAGCGAGAGAAGCUUCAAGCGCAGCUACAGGAAGAUAAAGCAGCAGUAGAGCGUCUGCAGAAUCAACAGGCGGAAGACAGCCGCGGCGUCUCAAAACAGCAGAAGAAUACAGAGCGAUACCUUGCGAAGAAGACGAUGCUUAUGCAACGCAAAGAGGAGUGCAACCGCAACAUUCGAGACCUUGGUGUCCUUCCCGAAGAGGCGUUCGAGAAGUACACCAAUGAGAAGACGGACAGGCUCGUCAGAAAGCUGCACAACGUCAACGAAAGCCUUAAAAAGUUCGCGCAUGUCAACAAGAAGGCCUUUGAGCAGUACAACAACUUCACGAAGCAACGCGACCAGCUCCGACAGCGUCGCGAAGAGCUCGAUAAGUCUGCGCAGUCGAUCCAGGAGCUGGUUGAAGUGCUCGACCAGCGCAAAGACGAGGCGAUCGAGCGAACGUUCAAGCAGGUCGCAAAGAAUUUUGAGGAAGUCUUUGAAAAGCUUGUGCCCGCUGGCAGAGGACGGCUUAUCAUCCAGAGGCGAAUCGACCAAGACGAAGAGGACGCAGAGGAGGGCGAGGAGUCGCAGCAGACGACCAUUGACAACUACACCGGCGUCUCAAUCAAGGUCUCGUUCAACUCCAAAGUCGAUGAAGGACUCCGCAUCCAGCAGCUAUCUGGUGGACAGAAGUCGCUGGUCGCGCUUGCGACGGUGUUUGCGAUACAGAAGUGCGAUCCGGCGCCAUUCUACCUCUUCGAUGAGAUUGAUGCGAACCUCGAUGCGCAAUACCGUACUGCUGUUGCUGCGAUGAUUCACGAGCUCUCGGCUACGGCACAGUUCAUUACGACCACUUUCCGACCUGAGAUGUUGGUGACCGCGGACAAGUUUUAUGGCGUACUGUUCAACAAUCAAAAAGUCAGUACGAUCCGCGCCAUCAAACGAGAGGAAGCACAGGAGUUCGUCGACCAGGAAGCUCAAGCGCAGUAGAUUGUUUUGUCCUGAACCUGUCCGUCUAGUCAUGGUUGCGCGUGCUCCAUUCAGCAGAUCACAUCACUACCAAUGCAUAGAGAUACCCUCAUAAUCUUCAUUCUUGUUGUAUUCGUAGACAGUGUAAUGCAUUCUCUUCGAGCUUUGUACGUAUCUUAAACAAUAGCCCAUCGCUCCAGCCUCGGUAGGG